UGUAUAUUGCAUUUAUAACAAAGGUGUUUUAGCAAGGUGAUAACAAAUUAGGCAGGUUAAUUAAUUUGAUAAAAGUUUUGAUUAAAUGUCUGUAUCAUUGUCAACUUUAUUGGGAACUUGCAUUCAUGACAUUACAAUCAUGACAAUGGUGGCGGUAAUGGAGGAGGUUUAUUAAUUCUAUCCUACGCUUUUUAGGAAUAUCAAAUGAAAAACUUGACUUUUGUGAUUAUAUUAUACUUUCAAAUCUAUACAAAGCUUGUCUGGCAUUUAUGGAUUAGAGAUACUUGAACAUAGGAUUAACACCUGUGCAAGAUCUACCCAGAUGAGGAAUUAACAUCAGAAGUUAUGAACAGCCUGACCCGCUGUCGUUAUGUCAAGGAAGGUUGUCGCUGGGUAGAUAAAUUACAAAAUUUACAGGCUCAUUUGGACCAAUGCAGAUUCGAAGCAAUAUCCUGCCCUAACAAGUGUUCAGCAUUUUUAUCUCGACUAGAUUUAGACGAUCAUCUAGAUUAUACCUGCCCAAAGAGAUUUGUACAGUGUGAACACUGCAAUCAACAAUUUCCUGGAGAACUUUUCGAAAAGCAACAUUCAGGGAAUUGUCCUUAUGAGGUGACAUGGUGUGAAAACAAAUGUGGAGCCAAAUUAGAAAGACGAUUCAUCGUUAACCACUCAAAAAAUGAAUGCCACAAACGUACAGUGCCAUGCAAAUACUGCAACAGAGACUUUGUAGCUGAAACCUUGCAGACUCAUCAGUAUCAGUGUCCCAGAUUCCCUGUUGCAUGUCCUAACAGAUGUGAUCCCACAAAAAUACCCAGAGAAGAUUUAGAUGUACAUGUACUGGCAGUUUGUCCAUCAGCAACUAUUAGCUGUACUUUCAAAGAUGCAGGAUGCACACAUAAGUGUCCAAGAUUCAGUUUGGAUAAACACACAGAGGAUAGUAUGAAACAGCAUCUCCAGCUUAUGUGUGGCCUCGUCAAAAAUCAACAGACCGAAAUCACUCAACUGUGCAAUGCUUUAUAUACUCUUACUCAUAUAACGGAUGGUACUUUUAUUUGGAAAAUCACAAACUACAAACAAAAGUUUCUCGAAUCUGUGUAUAAAAGUACUGAAAUUGUUAGUGAACCGUUCUACACAAAUCGCUAUGGAUACAAAAUGGCUGCCUCAGUGUUCUUAAAUGGAAAUGGAGCAGGUGAAGGGAAAUACCUCUCAGUUUACAUUAAACUUUUACCUGGGGAAUUUGACAAUAUUUUAGACUGGCCCUUUAGUUUGCCGAUUUCAUUUUCAGUGCUAGAUCAAAAUGGAAACUCAGAAAAACGUGCUCAUAUAAAGGAGAGUUUUACUCCUGAUCCAACAUGGAAGCAUUUUCAAAAACCUAAGACUAAUGCAGACCAUAAAGAAACAUUGGGAUUUGGCUAUCCCAAAUUUAUUUCGCAUGAAAUCCUCAAAACCAGAAACUACAUCAGAGACGACUGUAUUGUUGUCAAAGUCAGUGUGGACAAUGACAAAUUCCUUCAUCCAUAAUUGUUUUGUUUAUCCAGAUUUGUUAUAUUGUUUAUUUAUUAUUGUAAAUAAUCCAAGUUUUGUGAGGAUAGAUGGUUACUUCCAUUUAGAUUGGGAUAUUGUUGAAUGUUUGAAUUGUUACUGUAAAGGUUGUCUGUUACAAAAUACAAAAAAUAGAAAUUAAUGCAGUAAGUUUAAUUUUUUAUAUGAUAUUAUGAAAACAUGGUUUAUUUAUCAAAGUUUUACCUUAAGCUUUUUAUUUAUAAAAAAAUUAACAAGAGAAGUUUUCUUUUCACAUUUUUUUAAAGAUCAGGCUAAUAAAGGGACAUAAGUCAAGUAGAAUUUCCUAGAUUGAUAAAAAUAUAAGGAAAUUUAUUUCCCAUAUAACAUGUAUAACCUGCAAGCUCAAAGGAAGAAAUUGUUAAUUUAAUUUUUACAAUUUACAAGCAAUUUUUUUUAUGAGUAUCUUAUUAUGUACAUGAUAAAUUUACAUAAAAAGACAAAGAAAAUAAAUUAUUUUCGAAAAUAGCAUGGCUAUUGCUAAAUUGCAUAUGUAACAAAACAGUGAAAAUAUGAAUUGUAAAUUGAAAUUAUUAAAAAGAAAUUGUCACAUCUUCUAACUUGACAGGGGUUAAAAUUUUCUUGUUAAGCAAGUUCAGUGGUGAGAAUUAUGUCCCUUUAGUCUAACUCUGGGAUAAAUAAGUAUUUUUUAUUACAAUGUAGUAGAAGUGUUUGAUGUUGAUCAUCCAAUGGUAGAACAAUCAAUCUUAUAGAUGCUUGCCUCAGUUCUUAUAUUUGUUACCUCAUUUAAUGCUGAAAAUUAAUGAAUUCCUUCUGAUAUUAAAUUAAAAUUUAAAUAUAUAUUAAAUGAUAUACCUCAACCUUUAACCAAAGAUAGCUUUGUAAAAACAGUAACUGGUUCCUUGAAUGAUACACAUGUUUGUCCUCAAUAUCAUUCGUCACAACUCGGCCGAUUCCGUACCUUCAUCUAACGGAUAGAAGGAGAGUAGCGGAUUGUGCUCAAUAUCUUAUCAUUUGUUUUACAUUAGUACUAAAAUUUACCAAGUCUAGUAGUCAAAUCAUGAUCUGAUAAUUUGAAAAUUUCUCAUAGGAGCUAACUGUAUAGUAUGUGAGCCUGUAUCCCUAUUUACAUGUAUACCGGUAAUCAAAUGUAAAUAUACUCAAAUUUGUACAUUCAUUUAAUGAUGUUCAAUCACAGUUAUCUGUUGUACAUAUUUACUCAAGUGAAUAUUACUGUUAUCUAGUCAUUUUACACAUCAGUGCAUUAUUUUUCCAACUUGAAACAAUACAAUAAAACAUAUGAAAUAUUAUUCAUGUAUUCUGUUUUAUCAUUGCCCUUUUGAAAUUGUAACAGCUGUAAAUUUAUAAAUAUUGUGAGAUUUUAAUUAAUGCAAAUAAUGUGACUUGUUGAGUAUAGCAAUAAUAAGAAGAAGAAAAAAAAAAAAAAAAAAAAAAUAA